AUGCGCUACAAGGAGUUGAAGGUGCUCAUAAGAAGCCUAAGACAAUUCUACAAAGACGUGGUGCUUGUUGUGGCCGAUGACAGCUUUACUCCAGAAAACAUCACAGAAGAAAAUGUUCUGCAAUACGUCAUGCCUGGGGGACAGGGAUGGUUUGCUGGCAGAACCCUGGCUGUCUCUCAAGUCACCACCAAGUACUUUCUUUGGGUGGAUGACGACUUUCUAUUCACUGAGAAAACAAAGAUAGAGGAUCUGGUGGAGGUGAUGGAGGCAACACCAGAGUUGGAUGUGGUUGGGGGUUCAGUUACUGGAAACCAGUUCUACUUCUCCAUCGCCUAUGAGGAAGGCGAUGGAGUCACUGGAGGCUGUAUGGACAGGAAGCCCGACAUAAAGUUCCAAUCACUACCAAAUUACCCACAAUGCUCCAUAGUCAAUGGGGUGGUCAACUUCUUCCUGGCUCGUACCGAUGCUGUAAAUCGAGUGAGAUUUGACCCCAAGCUGAAGAGAGAAGCACAUUCAGAAUUCUUCAUGGAUGGUCUUGGCCAAUUGAUGGUUGCUUCGUGUGGCCAUGUUUCCAUUGGCCAUCAGCCGAAAGGGGCCAAUGCUCAAUAUGGUCGGUUCAGACACCCCGGGAAGGAUGAUAUGCAGUUUAAACUACAGCUGCACUACUACAAAAACCAUCUACAAUGUAUCCACUACGGUUAG